AUGUUAAAAGAAAAACUCAAAGAUACAAUUAACUUUGUCUGGACAGACAUUAUCCUGCAAAACUGGCUAAUGAAAGAGCUCCAGAGUCGAUGGGUCUUCGACUCAAUCGACUUUGAAGACUCUAAGAUCGAGCAGAUGUACCAGGAGCAUCGCCUGAAGACACUUCGUACUAACUGGAAGUUCAUCCUGUUUGUACUGAAAAUAAAGUUUUUAAUUAUUUCGAUAGUAUUCCAGUUAAAUACUGAAGAUUGAACCCAUCUGAAAAAGCUCAGCCCAGUCAUGAUGUUUGCUCUGAUGUUUGUGCUCAAAUAUUUUAUAAGAAAGAGCAACUUUAUGGCGAGGUAUGGAGCCAUACUUUUGAUCUUCUGGUUCGGAGCGGUGAUGACUAUUGUAAACCUCCGGUUCACUCAAUUUCGGCUCUAUGAAGGAUUCUUAUUCCACAUCUCUGUGUCCUUCUUACUCUCAACAUGCCUUGCUUCAGACUGGAAGGUAUCCUCAGUCGCUAUACUGAUGGUCUACUCUAAUUUAUAUGCCAUGUUGAAGGUCCAUUAUGACCAAGUGCCGACUUCAGUUCUCCAGGUGAUUAUAUUUUCGUUGACAGUUUUCGGCUUCAACGCGUUUCUGAUUUCAAGAAUGUUCAAGCAAGAGUUUAUCUCCACUCAUCAGGCCAAGCAGGCUUCUUCACAGUUGAAAAGGGUACUUCAAGGAUUACCUGAAGGUGUUGUUAUUAUGGACCAGACUGGGGAAGAUCUGAAGCUCAUUAACAAGAAGCUCAAACAAACCUUUGAUAUCUCCUCCUUUUACCAAUCCAGCAAGGAAAUUUUAAAAUUGCAAGAGAUCAAGAAUAUGGUUGAUGAGUCUUUUGAUGCUAUUUACACCAAAACAACCACAGACUCUAUGAGUUUAGAAGACCCUCUAAAACUAAAGGAUAAUAUCUUUAGUAAUUUCGUUAUAAGAGUCAAUGCAAGCAAGAUAGAAGAAGGCAAAGGAGAGGACUCUGAUGUCCAAAUUGAAGAAUAUGAAGAUAUACCACUCACUAGGUUUCUUCAAGAUGAAAGAGAGCUGACCCUUCAUGAAGAAGACAACGACAGAAGCACCAAAGUUUCUAUUUCUUAUAACAAUAAGCACAUGAGAAAGAACGUAGAUUUCUUGAAUAAAGAUAUUGUUAUCAAAACAUCCAAGAUUGAUAUGGGAGGUGAUCAUGACAAGCACCAUACUUUUCUACAAAUGUUUAUCGAUACCACCCAGAUUACCCAGUUAGAAGAGGCCAAAGCACAAAGUAAUUAUCAGAAGCAGAUGCUGUCUAACGUAUCGCAUGAGUUCAGGACUCCUCUGAAUGCGAUGUCGUUGUCUCUGUACUUGAUGAAGCCUCACAUCAACGAAGAGUUAGCAAAGUAUCACCAAAUCGCCACUUCGUCAUGAGACAUCCUGAAAGGCCUUGUUGAAGACAUCCUAGAUUUCUCCAAGAUCGAAGCAGGGGUGUUUGAAAUCCAGGAGUCAGAAUUUAGUUUCAAAGAACUCUUCGAUGAAGUAAACUCCAUCUUUGAAAUGCAGACCAGGAUGAAAGGAGUGCACUUGAAUUUCAACAUGGAAGAUGUCUUCCAAGAACUUAAAGUCAAGGCUGACAAGGACAGGCUCAAACAGAUUAUGCUUAAUUUGUUGUCUAACUCCUUAAAGUUCACAGACAAUGGGUCCAUCAGUGUUGAUCUCCAGAUCCAGCAGAGUAAAGUCUUUCAAAUGGAAGCAACCGAUUGGAAUGAAGAAAUAAAGAUGUGCUCACCAGAAACUUUUGAAGAAAUGCCUGUGUGCAACCUUCUCUUGAUGAACAAUAAUUAUAAGUUUGCUUCCAACCCAUCAAAGUUUUAUGGGAUGGCUCAAGAUGACUCCUUCCAAAGUGAUGAAACUGAAAGAGUUAUAUCCCAAGAGCUUGAUAAGUCCAAGACAUCUGAUUUUGCUAAAGAGCUUAAGGUGGAGCUCAGUGUCACAGAUACUGGAAUUGGAAUUCCUGAGAAAGAUCUCUCAUCUCUGUUCAAGCUGUUUGGCAAAACCAGCUCAAAUCAUAACAGGAACAAGACUGGCACUGGGCUUGGCCUCACAAUUUGUAAGAAACUAUGUGAGAAGCUGGGAGGCAAGAUAGAGCUGACUUCUAAAGAAGCUGUUGGUACCAAGGUGACAUGUUCUUUCACAUGCCUUUAUUAA